UUUCCAGAAGGGACUUUGAGUUAAAGAAGGCUUUUUAUAUUUGACAAGUGUUGUCACCUGUAAUGAAGAUCGUUGUGAAACAGAAGAUUGAAUAAAGCCUUGUAACAUUGGACCCAGAUUAGGGAUUUAGAAAAGAAAGUUAAAAUUAGUGACUUGGUUUUAGUGUUCCAAUUUCACAAUAUUUAUUCUUUCUUCUAAAUAGAUUUAGGGAGUAGAAAUUAAAAUUCAGUGCUAUACCAAAGGCUGCACUAAUAAUAGUUCUGGUUUUUUUUUUUCUUUUUGUAUGAGAGAAGAAAGAUAACCAAGAGCUAUAGUGACUCAUAAUGAAAUAUACUAAAUUGAAUUUUAUGAUGUCAGUUCUUGGCAUUAUAAUCUAUAUAACUGAUGUAAUCGUGGACUUCUGGGUAUCUGUCAGGUUUUUCCUUGAAAGACAAUAUGUUUUUGGUGCUUUAACAGUGAGCUUUAUGCUCUUUGGAACACUUGUUGUCCAGUGUUUUAGUUAUUCUUGGUUUAAGGCUGAUUUAAAGAAGGCAGGUCAAGAAAGUCAGCAUUGUUUUCUUCUACUUCAUUGCUUGCAAGGAGGAGUUUUUACAAGGUAUUGGUUUGUCUUGAAAAAGGGUUAUCAUAUGGCUUUCAAAUAUAGCAGCAAAACUGAUAACUUCAUGGGAGAACAAAUUGAUCCACAUAAAGAAGUUAUAGAUAGAGUGACUGAUUUGAGCAUGCUCAGGCUUUUUGAGACCUACCUGGAAGGCUGCCCACAACUUGUUCUUCAGCUCUACACCUUUCUGGGACAUGGCCAAGCAAAUUUCAGUCAGUAUGCAGCCAUCGUGGUCUCAUGCUGUGCUAUUUCUUGGUCGACUGUUGAUUAUCAAGUAGCUUUAAGAAAAUCCUUGCCUGAUAAAAAUCUCCUUAAUGGAUUCUGUCCCAAACUCACAUAUCUCUUUUACAAAUUGUUUACAUUAUUAUCUUGGAUGCUGAGUGUUGUACUUCUUUUAUUCUUAAAUGUUAAGAUUGCUGUAUUUCUGUUGUUAUUGCUUUGGUUUUUGGGUAUCUUGUGGGCAUUUAAAAAGCAAACUCAGUUUUGUGCUUCCAUAGGUAUGGAAUUCUUAUACAGGAUUGUCGUUGGAUUCAUCCUUAUCUUUACAUUUUUUAAUGUUAAGGGACAGAAUACCAAAUUUCCAAUGUCUUGUUAUUAUAUUGUAAGGGUACUGGCCACAUUGGGGAUAUUAAUUGUGCUCUGGGUUUGCUCACUUUCUGUUUUUACUUCAGACUAUUUUAUACCUAUCAGUAUCACUAUAGCUCUUACUCUUCUCCUUGGAAUUAUUUUUCUUAUUGUUUAUUAUGGGACUUUGCACCCAAACAGAAAUGAAGAAACAAAACCUGACGAGAUUGAUGGACAGUCAGUUCAAAGAGACUGUAGAAUGAAAUAUUUCCUUAUGGAAUAA